AUGUCCCUUUGGUUGGCUGAGCACAGGCAGGAACGGCAGGAGUUCUCAGCCACUCGUCUGGCGAUCAAACAUAAAGACCAAACACUUCUCGCAACUGUUUUCACUCAUCUGUUGUUCUUCGAUCCCAACCAACAAUUACCCCCUUUUUUCGGGGGUCAGCCGUCGGGUCCACCGCAACAGCACUUCUUUAAUCCGCAACAGUUUUUAGUGCAACCGAACCAACAGUUCAACGGACAGCCACCCCAAGCACAGCCCCAGUUAGCACAGUCCCAACCAUCUCAACCCCAACUCCAGGCCCAACCACCCGCACCACAGGGUCCGCAAAUUAAUUGGGGCAAAUGUCCGCAAUUAGAACCGUCAGAGAAAGAGAAGUCGACAAAAGCACAAGUUAUCACCAAAUGUCUGGAGACAACUCCACUGCCACCCAAUAUCACCAGAGAU